UGUCCGUCUCAGUGUCUAUACUGACUUGGAUACCCGCUCCUGGAGGACGCGCAACCGCUGAGUGCAUGGUACCAUCCAAAAGAAACUGUUGACGUAACUCUUCGUGAAGAUUCUCUUGCAACAAACUUUGUUGUCUGAGGAUAACAGCCAUGGCCAGCGUCUCCAUAUUCCUGUUGAGCAGACGGCCAUGAUGUUUGUGUCAUGGUUCAGUCUGACUGAGAAGCUGGAUGCCUCUCUGGUGCGGAUGAGAACUAAUUCAGUGUCCCGCAGACCUAGACUAUUAAACUGGAGAUCUGCCAUUAAAAAAUGUCGACGACAGAAAUUGGUUAAACAAUGAAAGUACUGCUGGACGUUAAGUCGUCCUUUUUAGAUGGAACCUGACCUGUGUACCUACAGUUUUAGUUUUUAUGCCUGUUUUGUCUUGUGUUUGUUGAAUUUUGUUCUACGAUGUGGUUUUCUCGUGAGAUUCGUUGGUGUAGAACAUACGUGAAGCAAUGUUUAUGCUUAAAGAGGUUCAGUCUCAUGAAAGGGUUGGCUUUUGUCAUAUCCCUCAGUGUUCUCUCCAGUGUGUUCUUCGCCUACCAUCUCAUGAACUUCGGCAUCGUGAAGCGGCAUGCGGACCCACCCAAACCCAUGCUGAUGUGCCGACCGGACAGUGGUCUACCAAAGAACCAGCCCCAUGUGCCAAAAGACCAUAGCUCUGAGGCUAGUCUCAGACUUGGAAAUCGAGUUCUUCUCAUGGUCGAGACUCAGUACUCAAAGCAAGGGAUUAUCAUAGCCCGACUGCUUGAAGGCUUGAGAAUUGAAUACAAAAUCGAACCAACUGGUAAAAAUCUUCCAACGUUGACACAUGCAGACAAGGGGAAAUUUGCUGUUGUGAUAUUUGAAAAUUAUGAAGCGUAUGUAAAUAUGGACAACUGGAACAGACAGUUGUUGGAUAAGUACUGUAGGGACUAUAAUGUAGGGAUGAUAGGUUUUUUCCCUUCCAAGGAGGAAGCGAUCAUCGAGGAGGUGAUGGGCUUCCCGCUCAGUGUCCAAUACAAUCUGGUGCUUCAAGACUAUAAGCUCAACCAUUACUCUGAUAUAUGGAGGAUCACCAAACCAGGGGAUGUGUUUGAAGGACGUCUUCAGACAGAUUACUGGACUGUGUUCCAUACCAAUCACUCAACAUAUGAACCUCUCUCUUUUGCGCAUGUGUCGUCAGACGAGGGUGAAUUUUCAAGGACAGCCAAGUCUGUAGUGCCUGUUGUGUACGAUGCGGGAUUGAAUGACGGCAUUCGGAGGAUUCUUUAUGGAUACGGGUUGGGCUUCUGGCUUCAUCAUUUGAUGAUGAUUGACAGUUUGUCUUUCAUCUCCCAUGGGAAACUCAGUGUUGGAAUGGACAGGUUUCUUCAGAUUGACAUUGAUGACAUCUUCGUGGGAAAGGAAGGCAUCCGGAUGAAGGUUGAAGAUGUCGUUGCACUUGUCGAGACCCAGAAUCGACUGGCGAAAGAGAUUGAUGGCUUCCAUUUCAACCUUGGCUUCUCAGGGAGGUACUACAUGCAUGGAACGGCCGAAGAGGAUUUAGGGGAUAAAAAACUGAUUGAGUAUCGAGACAAGUUCUGGUGGUUCGGACACAUGUGGAGGCAUGAACAGGCUCACAAAUUUGACCAGGACUUCCUGGAGCGCUCCAUGUUGAUGAACUUCCAGUUUGCAAAGGAGAAUGACAUCAAGGUCAAGUUCCAGUACGCUGUGGCCCCGCACCACUCAGGGGUGUACCCGGUCCAUGAUGCCUUGUACCACGCCUGGCACAACGUGUGGGACAUCAAGGUCACCAGCACUGAGGAGUACCCCCGCCUCUACCCCUACUGGCGUCGGAGGGGGUUCAUACACAAGGGAAUCAUGGUGCUUCCACGUCAGACCUGUGGCUUGUUCACGCACACUGUCUACAUGGGUGACUACAAUGGGGGAAAGGACGAGCUGGACAAAAACAUUCAAGGGGGAGAACUCUUUCAGACAUUCCUAUACAGUCCGGUGAGCAUCUUCAUGACCCACCUGUCCAACUAUGGUAAUGAUCGCCUGGCGCUGUACACGUUCGAGAGUGUGGUCAGGUUCAUCAAGUGCUGGACCAACCUCCGUCUGAGAAGCCUGCCUCCUCUACAGCUGGGACUCAAGUACUUCGAGAUGUACCCAGAGGAACGGGACCCUAUCUGGCAGAACCCAUGUGAUUACAAACGUCAUUUGAUGAUUUGGUCGGCCAACAAGACCUGUUCAAGACUGCCAAAGUUUCUGGUUAUUGGGCCCCAGAAAACAGGAACAACUGCUCUGUACACGUUUCUGCAGAUGCAUCCGUCAAUCUUCAGCAACUUCAACAGCCCAGAGACGUACGAGGAAAUCCAGUUCUUCAAUGGCAAUAACUACUACAAGGGAAUCGAUUGGUACAUGGAGUUCUUCCCAGUCCCUGUUAAUUCUACCUCAGUGUUUCUGUUUGAGAAGAGUGCGACAUACUUUGACAACGACCAGGUUCCGAUGCGGGCUCAUGCUUUGUUACCUAGAGCCAAAAUUAUAUGUAUACUCCUCAGUCCCUCCAAACGGGCCUACUCAUGGUACCAGCACAUGCGAGCACAUGAAGAUCCAACAGCACUCAACUACUCGUUCCAUGAGAUAAUCACAGCAACAGAAAUGGCGCCGCGGCGAGUCCGAGAACUCCGCAGCCGCUGUCUGAACCCUGGGACCUAUGCACAGCACCUGAUGCGAUGGAUGGACUACUUUUCACCAAGACAGGAACCUGCAGGAAAUCAAAGUGAACCUGCAGGAAAUCAAAGUGUUCCUAUAGAAUGGAAUGAAUAUCUUUUCAUCAUUGACGGUGAGCAGCUGCGCAAUGACCCCAUCCAUGUCAUGCAUCACAUUCAGCGCUUCCUGCAUAUAGACACGUACUUUGACUACAGUCAACACCUCAGGUAUGAUCCACGGAAAGGCUUCUUUUGUCAAGUCCUCAAUGAGGAAAAGAAUAGGUGUUUAGGAAAAGGGAAAGGUCGGAACUAUCCUCCAAUGGAAGACAAGUCGGAGAGGAUUCUAAAGAGAUAUUAUCGCAAGCAUAAUAUAGCUCUGUCUAAACUGCUGCAUAAACUGAACAUGGUCAUUCCUGAUUGGCUGGAAGAGGAUCUGCGAUAUCCCUGAGACGUGGUCUUGGGGAAACAUUGUAGCAAACUGAUGGGGAUGCUGGGAUGAACACAUGCAUGACGAUUGGACAGGUUGUCAUGGCAACCAGAUCAGAACAUCUUGACUAAACUGUAGUCUGUGAAGCUCAUCACGAAAGACAAAACAGGGUCUCAUGUUGUGAAAUAUGGGUUGGAUGGAUGUGACAGAAACACAUCUGCUAAGAUUUGAAAUUUCAGUGACUUUAUUAUGUAGAUAAAAAUGAACAUAGACCAAGAAUUAGUCUAAAG